GGUGAGGGGAAGGCGGGAGGGGGGAGCGCGGGCGGGGCGGAGGCCAACGGUCGGCGGCGGUGUGAGGGGACGGCGGCGGCGCGGAGGGCGUUGCUGUUGCAGGGCCGCCCCCGCCCGCGGGAGAAGCCAGGCAGGGAGAGGAGAGGAGGAAGGAAGAAGCUGCUGCCCCCGCUGCUGCUACUGCUGCUGGAGGUCGGUGGCGGCGGUGGUGGUGCUGCUGCAGCCGCGGGCAGAGCUUCCCCCUCCCGCCGGGCCGGGCGGGGCGGGCUCCGGCACCGAGAUGUCUCAGGAGCGGCCCAAGUUUUACCGGCAGGAGCUGAACAAGACGGUGUGGGAGGUGCCGGAGCGUUACCAGAACCUCUCCCCGGUCGGGUCCGGGGCCUACGGCUCCGUCUGUUCUGCCUUUGACACCAAAACUGGCUUGCGUGUGGCUGUAAAGAAGCUGUCUCGACCAUUUCAGUCCAUCAUCCACGCCAAAAGGACCUACCGAGAGCUACGGCUACUUAAGCACAUGAAACAUGAAAAUGUGAUUGGUUUGUUGGAUGUGUUCACCCCUGCCAAGUCACUAGAAGAAUUCAAUGAUGUGUACUUGGUGACACACCUUAUGGGAGCAGAUCUGAACAAUAUUGUGAAAUGCCAGAAACUCACCGAUGACCAUGUGCAGUUCCUCAUCUACCAAAUCCUUCGGGGACUGAAGUACAUCCAUUCAGCUGACAUCAUCCACAGGGAUUUAAAACCAAGUAACCUAGCUGUAAAUGAAGACUGUGAGCUAAAGAUCCUGGAUUUUGGCUUGGCCCGACACACAGAUGAUGAGAUGACUGGUUACGUGGCCACCCGGUGGUACAGGGCUCCUGAGAUCAUGCUGAACUGGAUGCAUUACAACCAGACAGUUGAUAUUUGGUCAGUGGGAUGCAUUAUGGCUGAACUGUUGACUGGAAGAACGUUGUUCCCUGGUACAGACCAUAUUAACCAGCUUCAGCAGAUCAUGCGUCUGACGGGAACACCCCCUGCGUAUCUCAUUAACAGGAUGCCCAGCCACGAGGCAAGAAACUACAUUCAGUCUCUGUCUUACAUGCCGAAAAUGGACUUUGAAAAUGUGUUUAUUGGUGCCAAUCCCCUGGCUGUGGACUUGCUAGAGAAGAUGUUGGUACUGGACACAGACAAGCGAAUCACUGCAGCAGAAGCCUUGGCUCAUGCCUACUUCGCUCAGUAUCACGACCCAGAUGAUGAACCAGUGGCAGACCCCUACGACCAGUCGUUUGAAAGCAGAGAACUUGAGAUUGAAGAAUGGAAAAGCCUGACUUACGAUGAAGUGAUUAGCUUUGUGCCGCCUCCGCUCGACCAAGAGGAGAUGGAGUCCUGAGGAAGGGCGCUCUCCUGUUCGUCCCACGUCACUGUGAGGGGAAGGCCUUUUUGCGGGGACUCUCCGAUUAUCGUCCAAGUGCCUCGUCACAACAAUAUUCUCCUUGGUGGAGGGGUUUUGUGUGUGUUAACUUGGGGGGGGGGGGGGGGGGGGGGAGGGAGGGGGGAGGACAACAUGCUGCAUGCUCUUGUGUUCUGUGUACGGCCUGGGGACGCCUUCGAAGCUCUGACUUCUCUUCUGUCCUUCCAGAGGAACUGUGCUCGACCAGUUUGUGCUGCUGGGGGCAAGGUGGGGAAGCUGGCGUUUCAAAUUUUGGUUACAAUCGUUGCCGUUUAUCAAUUCUUCUACAA